AUGAUCUUUUAUAAAACCGACGAACACUUUAUUUUGACAAUGCAAUUGAAAGACCGCGUCUGCUCAAGUACCGAGGACUUCAGACCUCACCAAAUGAAUGAGAAAGAAAACACUGAUAUGGACGACAAGGCCGAAGAGCAAGCUCGCGAGAAGGAAUGGAAUCAUAAAAGGAGGGAUGGUCAAGGGUGCCAUCAUCAUUCGGAGAAUCUCCGUGGCAACGACCACAGGCACCACGGUCACGACAAGUCGGAGCCUUUUGGGCCCUGGCCAUUUAACUCAAAUAGACAUCAUCAUCACCACCACCACGGCAGAUUUGGCGGUUUUAGCGAUGCCCCUCCUCCGCGUCAUCACCAUCGUCACCACCACAGUGAUGAGCCACACCGUUUUACGAAUUUCAAUGGCUUUGAUUGCCGUUUUGAUAGGGAAGACAGAUUUCCGCCACCACCGGGUUGGACUCAUGGGCCCCAUUUCCCUCCCCACUUUUUUCCCCAUCACGGACAUCACUAUCCCCACCAUAUGGGACCAUAUAAAAAUCACGGACAUGAAGGACCACAUUUCGAUCACUGUCACCACCAUGUGCCCUUCCCUGACCGUUUUUAA